UUGGUUUAAUUACUAUGAUGUUCAUUAAUUUUUUGACUUAAAAGCAUGAAAAUUGUUUCUGAAAGUCCAUACUGCUCCUCUUUGGUAUAUAACUAAUCCCAUAUGAAUGCAUAAACACGUAAUGUUUAGAUAGCAACACUGAUUUCAUGACCAGUGGAUUCCUGGAAAAUGAAGCCAUACCCACUGCCCUUACUUUACCUUCCCCACGCCUCAAACUUCAGUUCCCUUCGCACAUAUAUAAAAUCCCUCCUAUUCAUCUUCACUUCACACUCAUCCAAAGCACCAAAUCUUCACUAAAACCAUGGGUUCCCUCAAAUAUUUCCUUCUGUCUCCUUUUGUUUUCCUCUGUUUAAGUUGCACCUUUGCCAAUAGAGUCCCCAACUCUGAUGAUGGAUCUGGUUUUGAUGUUGGGGCAGGGCCAGGAGCCAUACCAACAGCUGGCCCAGGAGUUGAGAAAGGUGUAAGCAAUGUUAGAGCUGGUCCAGCAGCUGAGGGAUGGGUAAACGAUGUUUGGGCUGGACUGAAAGCUGGUCCGAAAGCUGGUCCAGGAGCUGAGGGAUGGGUAAGCGAUGUUAAGGCUGGUCUGAGAGCUGGACCGAAAGCUGGUCCAGGAGCUGAAGGAUGGGUAAGCAAUGUUAAGGCUGGUCCUACAGUGGGACCAAGAGCUUGGCCAGGAACUGAGGGAGGGGUAAGCAGUAGUGAAGGUGGUGUGAGGAGAGAUGUUGAUCCAAUGAUUAAUGGACUGGGACUGGGACUGGGAGUGGAUAUUGGGUAUAGGUCAGGAUUUAGGGCAGGUCUAGGGGGAGGGGAGCAUUGGUUUGGCCCAGGAAUUGGAAUUGGAGGUGGAGGGGUGUCCAAUGAGUGCACAUUGGGGUAUGUUUGUCCAACCUACGGACGCAGGGGAUGCGACAAAUUUUCUUAUGGAAAUUGCGAUACUUAUGGCUUUCAUCCAUUGAUGGCUUCCAUGCACCUGCACGAAGUUGAAAUGAAAUGGGCCAAAGGCAGCAAGCCUGCUGCAACGCCUCAAAAUGGCGUCUAGUUAAAUGCUUUCAUGUCCAUCUCCUCCUUUCACUCCUGCAAAAUAUUAAAUAAAGUAAUGUUCUUUCACCUCUUGAUGAAUAAAAACAAGCUGAAUACCUUCCCUUGCCUUGCC